AUGUUUCGAACACCGGAAAAAUGCAAUUCUGAUUCCAACCUGCCUAGGGUCCCCGAUGACAAAGAAACAUCGCCUCCCAGUUUUGUCAGCUCACGAAUUAAGAGAAAGCGCUCCGAAGAAAUUCUGACCGAUUUAGCGGACUUUAAGGCAGAAAUGAAAGAAAUGAUUACUUCAUGGAUGGAUCAGCAAAACAGCGAAAGAACAGAAAUAACAUCUGCGUUGAGAUCCAUAGAGGAAUCACUGUCCUUUCUCUCAACCAAAUACGACGACAUGUGUAAAAAAGUGGACCUUAUGGAGCAAGAGAGGCACAAACAGAAGGAAUAUAUUACUAUACUUGAAAAUAAAGUGGAAAAUCUCAUGAAAGCCCAACGUAAAUAUUCAUUUGAACUGAAAAAUGUCCCAAGAUCGGAAAAGGAAUCCAAAGAAACGUUGUUGAACAUGUUCAAGCCAAAGAGUGAACGUUCUACUCAAGAGGUUUCCCCGGAAUUGGCUACAUCCAAUGCCCACGUGGACAUCUUUGAGGUUGUUAAGUAUCAUAACUGUUGUAAAACUCUCUUUGCUUUAGUGUCCUUCGCCAGACAAUAUUGA